AUGGCUUCUUCUGGGAGUUCCAUCAGUGAGAUAUCAGCAAAGGAAAGCCAAUUGCGCUCUGAUCGCAAAUACCUGUCUUUGUGGAACUGUCAUCGGUUUUGCUUGGAUGCCUUUCGACUUCCUCGUUUUAAGAAUGUUGAAGUUGAGAUUUUAUACCAGCGUUAUUUCCUACAUUUGAACCAAAGAAAUUUGACUGCUCUGUUAGGAAUAGUAUGUGCUGUGGGCAGCAUUAUGCUGGUAUUUAAUUAUGCCCUUAGUGAUCACAGAUCUCUUACACAUGGGAUAACAUUUGGUAUAUUAGUGACACUGUAUCUAAUCAUGGCAAUUUUAAGCACUCAGUCAUUUUUUAACCAAAUUUAUUUAUUUGUUUUUUCAUACACCAUUAUGGUUUCAUUUUUUAUUACUGUUGUCCUAGUAGUCAUUGAUUCUCCAGUCCCCAUCGCCAUGUCCAGCAUUUGGUGUACUGUGUUUUUUGUGUACUUUGGUUAUACUCUUCUUCCAGUGCGCAUGCCUGAGUGUCUCAUAUGUGGCAUCCUGCUCUCAGUUGUUCAGUUGAUAUCCUACACCAUUGUCAAUGAUUCAGAUCCCUUCAUUUGGAAACAGUUGCUGGCAAGCUCCUUAUUGUUUGUGGCUGUGAAUGUUGCUGGUAUAUUUUCUCAUUUUCCAAGUAAAUCUUCACAAAGACAAGCUUUCAUGGAAACUAGACAAUGUGUUGAAGCUCGACUUAACAUCCAAAGAGAGAACCAACAGCAGGAAAGGUUGCUUUUAUCUGUUUUACCAAGACAUGUAGCAAUGGAAAUGAAAGCAGACAUUGCUAAUAAGCCUGAAGAUACAAUGUUUCAUAAAAUUUAUAUUCAAAGGCAUGAAAAUGUCAGCAUUUUGUUUGCCGACAUCUGUGGCUUUACUAGUCUGUCCUCCCAAUGUACAGCUGAAGAGGUUGUAAAAAUCUUAAAUGAGCUUUUUGCACGCUUUGAUAAACUUGCUGCUGAAAAUCAUUGCUUGAGGAUAAAAUUACUUGGUGAUUGUUACUACUGUGUCAGUGGGCUUCCUGAACCCCGUCCAGAUCAUGCACAGUGCUGUGUGGAAAUGGGACUUGAUAUGAUUGAAGCUAUAGCUUUAGUUCGUGAAGUAACUGGUGUUGAUGUAAAUAUGAGAGUUGGUAUUCAUACUGGAAGAGUGCACUGUGGUGUUUUAGGCUUAAGAAAAUGGCAGUUUGAUGUAUGGUCUAAUGAUGUCACUUUAGCUAAUUACAUGGAAGCUGGUGGGAUUCCUGGGCAUGUUCAUGUUACUAGAGAAACAUUGAAUUGCUUAAAUAACGAAUAUGAAGUGGAUCCAGGUUUUGGUGAAGAAAGACACAAGUAUCUGAGAGACCAGAACAUUGAAACAUUCCUCAUCAUCCCUGAUGAAAAAAAGCGUAUCAGUUCUGUUCGUCCACCUCAAUACACAGCGCCAAAUAAUAUUUCCAAAGAAAUGAGAAUGAUGGGUCAUUCUGACAUGCGUAAAUUUGACAGCAGCUAUCGAAGGAGAGAAUUCAAAAAUCCUCAAGAUGAAGUAAAUGAUUAUUUGUCCCGAGCCAUUGACGCUCGUAGUAUAGAUCGUCUUAGAGACGAACAUUGUAGGCCUUUUACAAAUUCAUUUCAUAAAGCUGAUAUAGAAGAAAAAUAUAUGAAGGAAGGUGACCAGAAAUUAUCAACUUAUUUCAUUUGUGCUGGGUUUUUGCAGUUAUUUAUAUUAAUCAUCCAGUUUGUUAUUUUACCAAUAUAUUGGCUACAAUUGCUGUUCCAGUUUUGUGCUGGCCUCAUGUUGCUAUUUGUCAUAGUCAUUAUAGAAGCACCAAAGAGCCCUACUGCAAGGCAGCUAUUACCAUUAUCUUGCAUUCAAGCUGUUGAAAAAGUUAUCAAUAAUCGACGAAAUAGUCAAAUGCUAGCUAUGUUUGUUCUUCUAAUUACUUUCACCAGUACUUUUGUACCAAUGGUUGUUCUUGAUACGUCAGAAACUUCCCAGUGUUGGUCAAGGUAUCAAAAUUUCACUGGGAAUUCCACUGUUCAUCCAAAUUUUUGUUCUGAUCUCGUCUUAGAUGCAUUUCCUUAUAACAUAACCUUUUGCAUGAUGCUUGUGAUGCUGUCCUGUGCUGCUUUUCUCGUGCUGACUACAGUGCAGAAACUGCUCACAUUGUUGCUUUCUUCAUUUGUGUUCUGUGCUCUUAUUCUCUUAACUCACGUUGAGCUGUUUGAUCUGUUUGACCUUGUUCAUAGUCCUGAUGGAAGUGGCGUCCCAUCAAAAUAUUCUCUAACCAUUCUCCUGCUACUUUUUGUUGGGGCAUUAGUCGCUCAUGGCCAUCAAGCUGAGGCUACUUCACGCCUGGACUUCUUGUGGAAACUGCAGGCACUGGAAGAAAAGGAAGACAUGGAGCACCUGCAAGCUUACAACAGAAAACUUUUAGCCAACAUAUUGCCAGCUCAUGUUGCCGAGUAUUUUUUGCAAGGUGAUCGAAAAAAUGAGGAUUUGUACCAUGAACAGUGUGAAAGUGUGUGUAUUAUGUUUGCAUCAAUUCCAAAUUUCAGUGAAUUUUACAUGGAGCUUGAAGCCAACAAUGAAGGAGUGGAAUGCCUUAGAUUAUUAAAUGAAAUAAUUGCUGAUUUUGAUGAAAUUUUAGCUGAAGAACAGUUUAGUUGCAUUGAAAAAAUUAAAACUACUGGUUAUACAUAUAUGGCUGCAUCAGGGCUGACUGCAUCAACUGUUGAUAUGACCAAUCAUACUCAUGUGACCAGGAUGGCAGAUUUCGCCCUCAGGUUGAAAGAUCAAUUGGACUAUGUGAAUAUUCAUUCCUUUAAUAAUUUCAAGAUUAGAGUGGGUUUAAAUGUUGGACCUGUGGUAGCAGGUGUAAUUGGUGCCAAGAAGCCACAGUACGAUAUUUGGGGUAAUGCUGUUAACGUUGCUAGUAGAAUGGAUAGCACUGGAGAGCUUGGUAAAAUUCAGGUAACUCAUGAUGUAUUCUUGAUCCUGAAAGAGCAUGGUUAUCCUUUAGAGUGCCGUGGAUACAUUAAAGUCAAAGGAAAAGGUGAAAUGCUCACAUAUUUCCUCACAGGUUACAGGAAUAAACAGCUUCCGAAAACUUCGGUGGUUUAAGAUGUGUAGCAAUCUACAUAAGUCUUCCCUAGGCAUAUGGAAACGUUAACUCAACUUACAGCCAAAGCCUUGAAUUCAAUGGUGGUAUCAGGUCAAGUGUGAAAAAUUGAAAACUCGUACCAAUACAUAUCCUUAUAUAAAAAUUAUAUAUGUAUCAAGAGUGAUUCAGUGCUGGAAUGCAAUUCCUUAGCUCUCCUUCUCGUAAAAUUGGUCAUAACUCGAGAUUCAAUUAGUUCUGAUUGGCAUUUCAAUAUUGUGGAAAAUUUACAAAUUCACUUCUGAUAUAUACUCAGUGCUACAGUUGGUGGGGGAGUGCAGUCAUGUAAAUUUUUUUUUAUUGUAAAAAUAAUGCAAAUACAGAGUAAAUUGGUUUCAAGUCGCAUUUUCUUUUGGGGAGUUGAAACAAACCCCAAAGUGAGUUCCCUCAAAUAUUUUUUACACAACACCAUGUGUGUGCUUAUAUAUAUAUAUAUAUAUAUAUAUAUAUAUAUAUAUGUGUGUGUGUGUGUGUGUGUGUGUGUUACCAUUAAAGUGUAUAAUGCAGUUAUUCUAUAAACUAACUAAUGAGAGACAGUUAAAGUAUAAAAUAAACAAUUUAUCUAAAAUGAAAUGACUAAGUAUUCUAUAAAUUAACUAAUGAUAGACAAUUAAAAUGAAAAAGAAGCACUUUAUCUAACUUAUUCAGCAUAUAAAUGGUACUUAUGGAAACGUACCAUAAAAUCAUUUGUUACAACCAGGAUUACCAAAAUGACACUUGGAAUUACAAAAAACAUUAUUUCUAAAACAAAAAUAUUUUUUGUUGACACACUGAGUUUUAUACGUUAUUCUAUGAAAUAACUAGUUAAACCAUGAAAUACAAGAGAGUUUUACACUUUAAUGGACACUAUCAGCUACUCCGUGAAAUAACUAGGUAUUCUUUAAAAUAACGGAUUUCAAACUAUAACAGUCAGGGGCGUAGCUAAGGGGGGG